CUGAAGCUAUCACCUUGCUAAUCCUUGCUGUCCAAACUGGCCUCAUUGAGCUGCAGGUCAUCCACAGAGCCUUCCUCCUCUCUAUCGUCCUCUUUAUUGUUGCUGCUUCCAUCCUGCAGUCCAUGCUGGAGAUAGCUGAUCCUAUAGUCCUAGCCCUGGGAGCAUCUAGAGGAGUUUGUGGAAGCACUUCCGUGCAGUUUCUCUCUGUCUCUUCCUGCUGAUCUUUCCAGCGUACAUGGCUUAUAUGAUCUGCCAGUUCUUCCACAUGGACUUCUGGCUUCUCAUCAUCAUCUCCUCCUCAAUCCUCACCUCUCUCCAGGUUGCGGUGUGCGUGGUGUGCUAUGGUGUAUCAGAGACUGUAUUUGGCGAGUGGAGUGUGAUGGGAAGCACCAUCAUCUUGGUCCACUCGUACUAUAACGUCUGGCUCAGAGCCCAGCUGGGCUGGCAGAGCUUCCUGCUCAGGAGAGAUGCUGUACACAAGAUAAAAAGCCUCCCUACAGCUAGCAAUACACAGCUGGAGCAGUAUAAUGACAUCUGUGCUAUCUGCUUCCAGCAGAUGAAGCACGGCGAGGAAGAAAUAUGCUUUGAAACGAGUGUGAAAGACUGAUAACUUUAGGAUGCCAAGUCCUGAUGCACACUUAUAUGUAGACCUUGCUGCCACUCUGACCACAGAACGUGUUUGUCCCCAGUGUGCUAUAACCUUGCAACCAAUGUGUUUUUUCUACCUUGUGUUUUUUCUUUUGGGGUUAUAUUUACACUAAUGUCAUUUUUUACUAGCAAUGAUCCAAAGCUGUUCUGUGGAUGUCGGCAACCAAAUACCCUCUGAUGUCUGUGUACGAGGAAACGGCCCAAUCUGUUUGUGUGUAAUGAACACAAAUGUUGCUCUGUACGUAAUCUAUAUUAAACCAGAGGUGUGUUGAUAAAUAUAUAUAUAUAUACAUAUACAUAAGUAAGACGAGGGCUUGGUUUCUCCAAAGUUUCCUUUCUUUGUUUCUUCACGUGCCUGAGAGCAAAGAGAAUUUUUGGAUAAGAAGCUGCUGGGAAAUCAAGCCCUCUGAUCUGAGACCAGCCAGUGUUGCUGCUUCUCCAGUCUAUAUGACGCAUCUUUUAAGCUGGUGUGAUCACUCUGCUGCCCUCUACUGUUAGGAGUGGGCUCAGCAUGGAGACGCAUUAAUUAGCGCUCAGCAGUAUUACUUACUAGCACUAUUAUUAAAGGUCUUAUUAGUAUGAAUGACCAUAUUCUUGACAUUGGGAAGCGUGGGCUGCAGGGUUGAGAAUGAAUACACGAUCAGUGUAGGAUCAAACCUGACCAACGCUGCUUUGACUUUUUGUGUUUAUUUUUUUAAAGAGAUGAAAUGGAGAGUUUGAUGUAUUUUGCACAUGUUCUUCUGAAAGGUGAACCUAAGGGAUUUUCUGUACACACCUUCUUAUUUUAAUACCAACACCAUUCCUUUGACAUUGAUUUUUUUUUUUUCGAACUGCUGUUCGAUACUGUUGCCUCUGACUGACAGAUGUGUAGAGAUGAAUUGUAGUUGUGGGGCUGCUCUCCCCGACACUCCCUGCAGAUUUUGGUUUAAGAUGAAUUGUUUUUGUCCAUUGAGUUUGUCCAAACACAGCUUUAGGACCUGCUCUGUUUAAUCUGGCUCUCAGUGCCAUUUCUUU